CCGCGUCCCUUUGAGACUUUGGGUUUCUUGCGAGUAUUUGUUGCGAAUUGGCGAUUGCCACUUUCUCCCGCUCAUCCUCAUCUCUCUUCCCUUUUCAAUCACAAAAAAGGGAAAAAAAAUAAAAGAAAGGCAUCUGGGUGUAGGAAAAAAGGGUUUUUUUAAGCUAAGCGAAGUUUGAAACCUACCCACUCGGUUUUUCGUUCUGAUUUCGCUUGAAAUCCCGUGUUUUCGGACUGGGAUUUUGUUUUCUUUUCUGGGUUUUUGCAUAAACUGUCGAAGAUUCUUCCUUUCGCCUUCAAAUCGGCUCUGCUGCCUUUGUCCCAAAGGUGGCUCAGUCAUUUCCGUCCAAAGCCGUUCUCUGCAAACUUCUUUAGGGUUUUGGUUUCAACCAUGGCGACUGGUCUCAAUGGCAAUGUUACAGUGGCAUCAGAUCCGCAGAGAACUUACCAAGUUGUGGUAGCUGCAACAAGGGAAAUGGGUAUUGGUAAAGAUGGGAAACUGCCCUGGAGUUUGCCUACUGAUCUCAGAUACUUUAAGGACAUAACUCUGACAACGUCGGAUUCCGCAAAGAAGAAUGCCGUCGUGAUGGGUAGGAAAACGUGGGAAUCGAUCCCCAUGAAAUAUCGACCACUCUCUGGCCGCCUUAACGUUGUUCUCACUCGUUCAGGCGGUUUUGAUAUAGCCAACACCGAGAAUGUUUUAACCUGCAGUAGCAUAGAUUCUGCUCUGGAUUUAUUAGCUGCACCUCCGUAUUGUCUGUCCAUCGAGAGGGUGUUUGUUAUAGGAGGCGGUGAUAUAUUGAGGGAAGCACUGAAUAGGCCUAGCUGUGACGCCAUCCACUUAACUGAGAUUGAUGCUAGUAUUGACUGUGAUACGUUUAUACCCCCGAUCGACUCUUCUGUAUAUCAGCCUUGGUACUCAUCGUAUCCGAUAACUGAAAAUGGAAUUCGAUUUUGCUUCACGACUUAUGUUCGUGUAAGGAGUUCUUCAGUUGAAUCAUAUGAUCAAAGUGAUGGAUCAGAGGCCCCCAAAUUUGAUGUGAAAAGGUUCUCUUUCCUUCCCAAGAUGGUUUUUGACCGGCAUGAGGAAUUCCUGUACUUGAAUCUUGUUCAAGACAUCAUAUCGACUGGAAACCUGAAAGACGAUAGGACGGGGACCGGCACACUAUCAAAAUUUGGCUGCCAGAUGAGAUUCAAUCUACGCAGGAACUUUCCACUUCUGACUACUAAGAGAGUGUUCUGGAGAGGUGUUGUCGAGGAACUUCUAUGGUUCAUAAGUGGCUCAACAAAUGCCAAGGUGCUACAAGAAAAGGGCAUCCAUAUAUGGGAUGGGAAUGCGUCACGAGACUAUCUUGACAGUACUGGCCUUACCGAGAGAGAGGAAGGUGACCUUGGACCCAUAUAUGGAUUUCAAUGGAGACACUUUGGUGCUAGGUACACCAAUAUGCAUGCUGAUUAUACAGGGCAAGGGUUUGAUCAGCUGUUAGACGUUAUCGAUAAGAUCAAGAAUAAGCCUAAUGAUCGAAGGAUUAUAUUAUCUGCUUGGAAUCCUUCUGACCUCAAGUUGAUGGCACUUCCUCCAUGCCACAUGUUUGCGCAGUUCUAUGUCGCAAAUGGGGAACUGUCAUGUCAAAUGUAUCAGCGUUCAGCUGACAUGGGCCUCGGUGUACCAUUCAACAUUGCUUCAUACUCUCUCCUUACGUGCAUUAUCGCUCAUGCGUGUGAGCUUGUUCCCGGUGAUUUCAUCCAUGUUAUCGGGGAUUCUCAUGUUUACCAAACUCAUGUCAGGCCUCUGCAAGAACAGCUUCAGAACCCGCCAAAGCCCUUUCCUAUUUUGAAGAUAAACCCCGAGAAAAAGGACAUAGAUUCUUUCGUACCGGCUGACUUCGAGCUCAUAGGCUAUGAUCCUCACAAGAAGAUAGAAAUGAAAAUGGCGGUUUAGUCUUCCUCCAUUACCUUGUAACAAGAGAAACUUGUAAGAUUCUUGGAAAUGGCCAUCACCCAUAUUGGAGGUAACUUCCAUGACCCAAAGAUCAUUCAAAUCUCAAGCCUUCUUUUUGUGAUUUGGGAUUUGGGAAGAUGGAUUCACUGAUUUAGUCGAAUGAAAUUGAAGUCAAACGAGAUUUGUGGUAGUAAUGGCUCUCUGGUGAAUUGAAGAUACUAUCAUUAGCAUACAACCGGGGUUUGAAUCCUCUAGUUCCACAGGAGCUUUUUGCUUUAUUUUGGUGGCUCUAGGGUGAUUUAGGGUUUUUUUUUUUUAAAUUUUUAUUGUUGGAUUUUUUUUUUCUCAUUGCAUUUUCAUUUUCUAGAACAAGGAGUGAUUGUUAUCCUUGUAAUGAUUUUCUUCAGUUUAUGAGGAUUUUUUAAAAAAUA